GAUUCCCGCCGCUCGGCGGGGAAAUGAAAGUGAAAGAGGAAAGCGGGGCCGGGCCUGCGCCUGGGCCGGGCCUCCGUCCUCCUCGUCCUCCUCGUCCUCGUCGUCGUCGUCGCCCACCAUGGCCCCCCCGGCCCUGCUCCUCCUCACCGCCGCCGCCGUCGCCCACCUGGGCCGGGCCGAGCCCCUGCCCUGCUGGCUGGUGCGUGAGGAAGGCCCGGGCGGCGGCGGGGCGAUGGCCCGGGCGGUGUCCAAGCGUCCGGCCCGGCUCCUGCUGCUGCGGGAGGGGCAGGGACCCCCGACCUCCGACCCCCAGGCGCCCCUGCUCCUCUACGUCCGCGACCCGGAGGGGACGUUGGAGCGGUCGCUGGAGCCGCCGGGGUCGCCGGGGUCACGGACGCCCCCGGCCUGCGAGCUGAGCCCCUACACGCCCAACCCGGCGGCGGCCACGUGGGCGGAGGGCCUGACCCCGGAGCCCCGCUGCCCGCGGGCCCUGGACGGGACCUGGCUGGCGCUCAGCGUCGCCGGGCCGGACCUGCGCCUCGCCGCCCUCCUGCGGGCCGCCUCGGACCCCUGGGACCCGGACGCCCGCCUCGUCGGGGCCACCGCGGCGCUGACGGUGGCGACCCGCCGCCCGGAGCCCCGGGUGCGGCCGGGCCGGGCCGCCCUCCUGGACCUGGCCUUCUCCUGCUCGCCCCCCGGCCGCCCGGCCGCGCCCCCGGCCCUGGGCCUCGAGUGGCGCCGGCAGCACCGGGGCGCGGGCCGCCUGCUCCUGGCCGUCACCCCGGGCCUGGGGCCGGCGGGCGGGGGGCGGCCGGCCGCCGAGGGGGCCCUGGCCUUCGCCGGCUGGGACGGGCCCGGCCGGGCCGCGGGCACCUGGAGGGGCAACGGGACCCUGCUCCUGCCCGCCGUCGGCCCCUCCCAGGAGGGCGCCUACCUGGCCGCCGUCCACCUGCCCUACCUGCAGGCCCAGGUCACCCUCCGCCUCCUCGUCCUCGAGCCCCCCAAGGUGUCGCUGAGCCCCUCGCCCCUGGUCCUGGACCCCCUGGACCCGCGUCCGGCCGAGCUGCGCUGCCUCCUGGCCCGCUUCCACCCGGCCGACGACGUCCACGUGGCCUGGGAGAUCCGCGGGGGCCCCGGGGGGCCCCGGGCCCUGGGGGACGGGCGUGCGGACGGCGGGCGGGCCUGGCUCUCCGGCCUCCGGCACCACCACGACGGCACCGUCAGCCUGGCGGGCUACCUGAGGCCGCCCCCGGCCCGGCCCGCCCACCACGGGGCCCGCGUCCUCUGCCGGGCCCGCCACCCCGCCCUGCCCCCGGGAGGCCUGGCCGCCGAGGUCGUCGUCCGAGUGGCAGGCUUAACGGGACCUUCCCUGGACGACGGCGUGGGCCUCUUUCUCACCGCCUUCCUGCUCCUGGGACUCCUCAAGGCCCUCGGCUGGGCCGCCGGCUCGAUGGAUCCGGGUCUCCCCGAGGACCGACAGAAAGCGCUGUGAGGAGGGGGCCGGGGGCCGAAGACACGGAAGAGCGGGGGAGGGGAAUAAAGUCUCGUCCCCCUCCCCACGA